UGCGCACUGCGCGUCCCGGCCUGUCAGUAGCUGGCAGAUGGAAACGUAGGCAAUGAAUCUGGUGAGGUCAUGUAUUUUUAAGCCGCACAACGGAAUAAAUCAUCAUUCAGCGGCGGCGUAAACAAAUAGUGCGCUGCUCCGGAACGUCUCGCCGCCGAUCGGAUCGCUGGGGAAUCGAUAGUUUGAUGAUUUGAUGACAGAGAGGACAUUUUUGGAUGCACAGAAAGCUUUAAUCGAAGAUUUCGCCAUGAACAAAAACAAGAGAGAGAGGGAGUUCUACAGCCUAGAUGUUGGGGAUUCGACGUUCACAGUGCUGAAGCGAUACCAGAAUCUGAGACCCAUCGGUUCAGGGGCACAAGGAAUCGUCUGCUCCGCUUAUGACCAGAUCCUUGAGCGAAACGUUGCCAUCAAGAAGCUGAGUCGGCCGUUUCAGAAUCAAACCCAUGCCAAGAGGGCGUACAGAGAGCUAGUUCUAAUGAAAUGUGUCAAUCACAAAAAUAUCAUCGGCUUGUUAAAUGUAUUCACCCCUCAGAAAUCAUUAGAAGAAUUCCAGGAUGUAUACUUGGUGAUGGAGCUGAUGGAUGCCAACCUGUGCCAGGUCAUUCAGAUGGAGCUGGACCACGAGAGGCUGUCCUAUCUGCUCUAUCAGAUGCUGUGUGGCAUCAAACACCUCCACGCUGCCGGCAUCAUUCACAGGGACCUCAAGCCCAGUAAUAUAGUCGUCAAGUCAGACUGUACACUGAAGAUUUUGGACUUCGGCCUGGCUCGGACGGCUGCCACAGGCCUCCUCAUGACACCGUAUGUGGUUACACGCUAUUACAGAGCUCCAGAGGUUAUCCUGGGAAUGGGCUACCAGGCCAAUGUGGACAUAUGGUCUGUGGGCUGCAUACUGGCGGAAAUGGUUCGCCAUAAAAUCCUCUUCCCUGGAAGGGACUACAUAGACCAGUGGAACAAGGUAAUUGAGCAGCUAGGCACUCCAUCUCAGGAUUUUCUAAUGAAGCUGAACCAGUCGGUGAGAACGUACGUAGAGAACAGGCCACGCUACGCCGGAUACAGCUUUGAGAAACUCUUCCCAGAUGUGCUCUUCCCUGCCGACUCCGAUCACAACAAGCUCAAAGCGAGCCAAGCGAGAGAUCUCUUGUCCAAGAUGCUAGUGAUUGACGCCUCCAAGCGCAUCUCCGUUGACGAGGCCCUUCGACACCCUUAUAUUAAUGUUUGGUAUGACCCAGCUGAAGUGGAAGCGCCCCCACCGAAGUUCACAGACAAACAGCUGGAUGAGAGGGAGCAUACCGUGGAGGAGUGGAAAGACCUGAUUUAUAAGGAAGUUAGCGACUGGGAGGAGUGGACAAAGAAUGGAGUGAUCAGAGGGCAGCCGUCUCCUUUAGGUGCAGCAGUGAUCGACAGCCCUCCUCAGCCCACGUCCUCCUCCUCCUCCUCCUCAUCGGCCAACGACGUCUCAUCCAUGUCCACGGACCCCACCGACCCCGGCAGCGACCCCACCAUGACCUCUGAAACUGACAGCAGCUUGGACAGCCACACCUCUCUGGGUGCGCUGGCCUGCUGCAGAUAACGUACGCACACAGUACGCAAAAAAAAAAAAAAAAAACACAAACCUCUUCCUCGUCAGUAAAUGUGAUGGGAGGGUUUAGGCCAAUGGUACUUCUCAUGUUAGUUUGUAGAGCUGUGCUUUUAAUGUACAGUUUGUUCUUAUUUUACCCCGAUACUGCUGUAAAGGAUUGUGAUUUGAAAUUGUAUCAUUAUUACUGUAUUUUUGCUGCAAAGAAUCAAAAUAUGUUUUGAUGUGAAACUGUGAUGUACGUGACGAAAGAGAGGGACUGGAGUGUACUUUACACGUUGCUGUUUUUUUAGCUACCGCUACAAAAACAAACACCACACUGUUAGCACUGUACUAGUAGGUUGAGAAUAUUUUUGAAUAGUUUUAUUUAGCAUUUUUGUAUAGUUUUUGGGAAAUUUUGGGAAUGAACCUACAUUGACUAACUGUCUAUCUGUAGACUAGCACACUUUAUUUUGGAUCCUAACACAGAUGGAUGAUUUUACUUCGUUCCUCAUCUUUCUUGUAGAAAGCGCCGUUUUGGUGUAUCCGACGUAUUUCUUUCAGUGUUAUUUCAGCUCUGAUUGUGUGUGACUGUGCCCCUGACACAAUAUCUUUUUUUUUUUUUUUUUUUUUUACUGUAAACUGACAAAAAAAAAAUCUUUAUUUAGUUGGAUGUAAUUUGCAGGUGACGGUCUGUCGGAUGAGCAAAAACAGGGUGAAUGUAAGUGAAUAGAAAUGUGGAAUCCUAAAGAGCCAGUGGUUACUGUUAGCGCUAACACGGGCCAUCCAGACUGCUUGACUCCUUAAUAUGGGGACUGUCACCAGAGACUAAGCCUAAGUUAGUCACUUUGUAUUUUACCAGGUUCUUUCAGACAUUAUUCACAGCUGUCUGAUAUUUAAGAUAUUUAAUUUAAGUGCCCUUACUCAGUUAAGUGAUUUGUUUCAGUACUCUACGUGGCAGUUGCUCCUCCCGUCUGUGGGGGCGUCUUUCUGUGUUCUACCUCACACGUGCACACGCUCAAAAAAACACACAUUUUUAACAAUAACGGUAUGUAAGAAUGCGAUCAGAGGUCUAGUUUUUUUCUGUAUUAUUUAUUUAUUUAUUUCAAGCCAGGACGUGUCUGUAUGUAAUGUACAUUUCAUUCAGAAGUACUAUUUAUAUGCAUUUUUUUUUUCUCUGAGCAGUAUAAUUCAUGGAUUAGUAUAGUCAGUGAUAAAUCUGUACAUUUUACUGUAGAUGUAUGAGUGUUUUCUGAGAGUUAGGAAACACAUUUGCUACUUACCAUGGUAACCUUUGGAUGUAUUCAGUAGCUCAAAUUCCCAAACUGUCCUUUCGCCCUUUUCAUGGUUGGGCACUCCGGACAGUAACCCCUAGCAUCAGCUCCCAGAAUGCACUUUGGGGAUUGUGACGCAUGUCCUGACCCUUUUCUUGGCCACAUUUCAACUGAGUAGUUGUGGCUCUCUCUUUUUUUUUGUGAUUUUUUCCCCUUGUCCACCUCCAAAAUAGAACUGAUAGAAUAGACUACGCAUGAGUUUUCUCUGAGCAAAUCUGGUAUUAGUGCAGGUACAUUUAGAAGAAAGAAAAGGAAAGCCAUUCAGCACCAUUGGGGUGAUGUUGCAGUUUUCUAAUGGUUUGGUCAAACACUGUCAGCAAAAAGUUAACCCUUUGAUCUGAAAUUGCCUCACUAACAGACCGAUUAUAUACACAGAAAUGGAAACUGUCUACCUUCAACUCCAGCAAAUAAAGAGUUGAAUUUUAA